CUACCGCCCGAGCUUGGAGUACCCGGAUGAGGGCACCCUGUCGGGUCUUUGGGAAGCAGCGGCGGUUCCCGAGGUAGUGGACGCUGGGGAGAGCUGGUCGCGGAGGUGCACCGACGCCUCCACAUCCUCCUCCUCCUCCUCCUCCGGAGCUGACCCGCCGACCUCAUCCCUAGUCCGCGCCCGUCGCCCGUUCCCAGACCCCGUCCACUCCAUCUUCCUUGCUCCAGGAGCCUUCGGGGUUGUUCCCCCUUCUGGAACCGGAAGGUACUGCAGAGGCCUAGAGAGGGGAGGAAGGUGACAUCAAUUUGUGCACCUCCCAGACUAGAACCGAGAUACUGCUUGUCACCUUCACUGUGCUCAGGCCCGGUAGCACCCACAGGAUUGCCUGUCCUCCGGCAGCUCAGUGCAAAGGUGUGAACUCAACUUCCUUCAGAGCCUCCCCACCAUGACCUCCAAGAAGCUAGUGAACUCGGUGGCAGGCUGUGCCGAUGACGCCCUCGCUGGCCUGGUGGCCUGCAACCCCAACCUGCAGCUCCUGCAAGGCCACCGUGUGGCCCUCCGCUCUGACCUGGAUAGUCUCAAGGGCCAGGUGGCACUACUGUCGGGUGGGGGCUCUGGCCAUGAGCCCGCCCAUGCCGGUUUCAUAGGGAAGGGGAUGCUGACAGGGGUCAUUGCGGGAGCCGUGUUCACCUCCCCUGCAGUGGGCAGCAUCCUGGCGGCCAUCAGGGCAGUGGCCCAGGCGGGCACAGUGGGGACCCUCCUCAUCGUGAAGAACUACACUGGGGAUCGGCUCAACUUUGGCCUGGCCCGGGAGCAGGCCCGGGCGGAGGGCAUCCCUGUGGAGAUGGUGGUCAUCGGGGAUGACAGCGCCUUCACCGUCCUGAAGAAGGCAGGCAGGCGCGGGCUUUGUGGCACAGUGCUCAUACACAAGGUGGCGGGUGCCCUGGCUGAGGCAGGUGCGGGGCUGGAGGAGAUCACAGAUCGGGUGAGCGAGGUCGCCAAGGCCGUGGGAACCCUGGGAGUGAGCUUGUCCUCCUGCAGUGUGCCGGGUUCCAAACCCACCUUUGAGCUCUCAGCCGAUGAGGUGGAGCUGGGCCUGGGGAUCCACGGGGAGGCUGGCGUGCACCGGAUAAAGAUGGCAACCGCCGACGAGAUUGUGGCGCUCAUGCUGGACCACAUGACGAGCUCCUCCAACGUGUCCCACGUGCCUGUGCGGUCCGGCUCCUCAGUGGUGCUGAUGGUCAACAACCUGGGUGGCCUGUCAUUCCUGGAACUGGGCAUCGUAGCCGACGCCGCCGUCCGCUCUCUGGAGGGCCGAGGAGUGAAGAUUGCUCGUGCCCUGGUGGGCACCUUCAUGUCAGCCCUGGAUAUGCCUGGCAUUUCUCUCACUCUUCUGCUGGUGGAUGAGCCCCUCCUGAAACUGAUAGAUGCUGAGACCACCGCCUCGGCCUGGCCUAACGUGGCCAAGGUCUCGGUGACUGGGCGGAAGCGGUGCCGGGCUGCCCCCGCCAAGCCCCUGGAGGCCCCUGAUUCCACUGCUGCAGGAGGCGCAGCCUCGAAGCAGAUGGUGCUUGUGUUGGAGCGGGUGUGCGCCAUCCUUCUGGGCCUGGAGGAACGUCUGAACGCCCUGGACCGCGCUGCCGGCGACGGGGACUGUGGGACCACCCACAGCUGCGCUGCCAGAGCGAUUCAGGGGUGGCUGAAGGAGGGCCCACCCCCUGCCAGCCCUGCCCAGCUACUCUCCAAAUUGGCCCUCCUGCUACUGGAGAAGAUGGGAGGCUCAUCUGGGGCGCUCUAUGGCCUUUUCCUGACUGCAGCGGCCCAGCCGCUCAAGGCCAAGACUGACCUUCCAGCCUGGUCCGCUGCCAUGGAUGCCGGCCUGGAGGCCAUGCAGAAGUAUGGAAAGGCUGCCCCAGGGGAUAGGACUAUGCUGGAUUCUCUGUGGGCAGCAGGACAGGAGCUCCAAGCCUGGAAGAGCCCAGGGGCUAAUCUCCAAAUCCUGAGCAAGGCAGUCAAGAGUGCAGAAGCCGCAGCCGAGGCCACCAGGAACAUGGAAGCUGGAGCUGGACGAGCCAGUUACAUCAGCUCCGCGCGCCUGGAUCAGCCAGACCCCGGGGCGGUGGCGGCCGCGGCCGUUCUCCGUGCUAUCCUGGAGGUCUUGCAGAGCCAGGAGGCAUGAAUGCCUCGCCGGGCCUCAGGGCCUCACUCACUGCUAUGCCCAGCCGCUGCUGUCACUUACUUGUACCUUAGAACUGUCGCCCUCCCACGCCUCUCGCCCUCGGGCCCUGUCUUCUGAGUUCAGUAGGAACUCCUCAACCAGCCUGCAGAAUUCCUCCACUGUAGAAACUGCAGGCCCAGAGUGGGUCACUGACCUUUCCCUCUUCAGGGAAGGGGCAGCCCUAGGGUCACCCGGCUCUGCCCCCAGGCAGCUCUGAGCUUCGAUGAUAGGGCUUUUCCCUAGGUGGCAGCACAAUCUUUAGCUGGCAACUCUCAUUUGGUUUUAAGACUCCCUGUGAAAGGUCCUCUGCACCUGAACUGAGUGUGAAAAAGCAAGCCAGUAA